UAUUAAUUUUUUCCAUAAGAUUAAAACCAUAUUUUUUCAGAAAAGCAAUGUGAAGAAUAUCAAAGAUAUUUGAGAAAGGUAUAUAAAAAGAAAAAGAAAAAGAGGUAAAAGCACAAGCCAAUAAAUCAGUCCUUGAGUUAGAAGAACAAGAAAUCUCUGAAGCCUGGAUCGCCCUUGACCAGUUACUAAUUUGUGAGCUCUGUCAAAUGGAGAAGGAUCAGAAGGUUGCAUCGGAAGAAGACCCCAAGAUCGAUUUGUUCGAAGACGACGACGAGUUUGAGGAAUUCAACAUCAAUGAAGAGUGGGAUGAGAAGGAAGAAGAGAUAGAUUCAACACCACAACAAUGGGAGGAUGAUUGGGAUGAUGAUGAUGUCAACGAUGAUUUCUCUCUGCAGCUGAAGACAGAACUCGAGAGCAACGCUGAGAAGAGUUAAGUUCAUGUCUCAUUGGCUUCCUUCCUAAUGAACUUCAUGAUCGUAGUGAUUCGGUAUAACCUAGUAUGCCUGUGAUUUGGUGGGUAGCCAAGCCCUUUCAUUAGAGUACCAAAAACUGCAGUAUUUACCGUUGUUGUUUAAAGAUAAUCGACUUGCAAGAUUUCAGUAACUCAUUAUGUUCGGAAUCAUGAAGAGUGAGGAGCACCACGUAACUAUGUUCUCUCGAUUA